AUACGCGUUACGUGUUGUGAUAAUCUGUAGUGGAAUAGAAUUACAGAAAAGCCAAAUGCAAUGCAAUAGGUCUUUCUCUUUUUAUUUAACGAACGCGUUUGUGCAUUUUUAAGAAACUACCUAUCAAUUUCGGAAAUCGGAGCUUCUAAAAGUUUUUAUAAUUUCGGUUUCGUAAUUUUUAGUGAAGCUAAUGGUUCUGAGUUAUCUAGCAUGUAUUCAGUGGGUGCAGAGAUGGCGGAUAAUGUUACCGUUAUUGUGUUGUGUGUAGAGAGAUCGCAAGCGCUGGCUGGACGAUUGCGAUGACCGUAAGCGACAGCAAAUAAUAUGAUCGCCAAUUUACCGCUGCUGUUUGCUGACGGAAACCCGACCGCACUAACGAAGAUUAAGGCGGGGAAGUUGGAGAAGUUUAUAACAUUUAUGGUGACAUGUUCCUGGGGGCACGACACUGCUAAAGUGAUCACACAGCCACAGUGGUGGCCGAGCAACGUCGCCUUCUCGCAUCCCUUCGUGCGGCCCCGCCAGGUACCAGAGGACUGGGAGCUGAGACUUAGAGGCUUGGUGAAAAAAUGCUAUGAUUUUCACAAGAGUACUUUUCUCUUAGUGUUUUCUGCACAGCUCGCUCGAUACCAGCAGAAGAGGUUGAGGUAUGUGGAUAACCGUGAUGACACAACAUCUCUCUAUUACCGUCCGAAUGGACGUCUCCUAGUGACCUUUCGGAACGAGAACCUGUACUAUGACCGGGAGACUAUACCAAGAGAAGUGGAACCAUAUGUCAAAGCCACUGACAUAUACCUUUGCGAUAACUGUGAUAGUCACUUUGAUAACCUAGAAGUUCUACAGGCACACGAGAGAUUGUGUAACAAUGACCCUAUUCCCUCCAGUACUUGUACUGGUGGUCUACCCGAGUUCCUGUCAGCAUUAAAGCUCUUACCAGCUGGAACAAGGGUUGAGAAUGUACCAUCUACUGAUCUUGAAGUCAAUUACAAGCCAAGAAAUGCAAGGAGUGUGGCUAACAUUGAUAGAGGACCUCCAUAUCCAUUUUCAUCGCUGGCAUACAUGAAAAAUGCUAAAAUCAAUGUUCAAAGGGACACAAGCUUUUCUAGAGAAAGAGUAGAAAGAUAUUGCUGUGUGCCUGCUUCGGUUAGUAAAAAUUUAGUUAGCAAAGGCAAAGGACAGUUUCCGGUCAGAUACAGGAGGCCUAUCGAUUACUGGCAACGGAGACAUGUAUUUCCUGAUCAACGAAAAAAAAAACUUCUUGAUCUCAAAGGCCAACUGUUACUUUUAAAAUGCCGGCCUGUAACUGUGGAAGUCCAAAGGAUGUCACCAGAGAAAAUGCAAGAAUACAUUGAUAAUCUGCGACAAGUGGCUGAGACUAAACAUAAUAAUGAUGACAAGGAUAUAGUGUUUGUAGAUGCCGACCAGCCCACGGACAUGGAAGUGAAGUAUGAUCCACUCAAGAGUGCUUGUGAAGUGAUUGAUCUGUGUUCAGAUGAUGAAUCACCUAGUGCUAAUGAGAACUGUGACCCGAGGGCGGGGGUGACAUGUGUGAUGCGAGGCGGCGCGGUGCUGCGCCGCACGGCCGCUACCCCGCAGGCGCUCCCCGCGGAGCCCUGCGGCGCGCGCCAGCGCCCGCUCAGCUCUCUCAUACUGCAACCCCAUCCUGUUAUCUUAAUAACUCACACUCUGAACAGUUUACAAGCUAUAGCUUUAGACUAAUUAAAUAAUUAUGUAUAAAUUGAUUGUAGAUAUCAACUUGCUGACAUUUAUUUAUUAUAUUCUUGAUUAAAAUUUCAAUGUUCA